AUGGCUGCACACGCGCUCCUCCUCUGCUCCCUCGCCUUGCUGUCCGCUCUCAGCCGGCCCGGCCUCUCCUUCUCCGAGGACGAGGAGCUGCAGCCGGGACUCAUCUAUGAAGAAGUGCCUGAAAUCCUGGAGAGGAGAGGCUUCGAUGGAGCGACCGUGGUUCACAGAGAGGCCGAGUGCAGUGGCUCAGCGCUCUAUGGCAACAGAGGCCAAACGGACUUGUUUACAAGUUUGUGGAGCAGGCACCACACCUUCCCUCUGCUCAGCAGCACGCAGCACAGGCACAGACGAGGGGUGAUAAGCAUCCAUCCGUCUGUGGGCGCCAGCGAGGAUGUCCACCGGAAAAUAAUCGAUGGAAAUGCAUCGAUCGAGAGGCAAUCAAUCUUAGGAGGUUUACCUUUCGACAAGCCCAUUAUAACUGGCUAUUGUGUGGAGAUUAACAAAUCAGCCCAGAUGAUCGCCGAGGACAGGAUGGGACAGAGGACACAGUCGCAGCAAUGGCUGGACCAUCACAACAAGGAAAACCGACCAUGUCAAGAUGGUGGUUACGGCUUAGAAAGUGAAGAGUUUGUUCUGUCGCCGGAAGAUGAAAACCCGCUCAGGAGAAUACUGCAGCCAUUUAACUGGCACCAGAACGGGAUGUCUACCAGUAAGAGGAAGCUGCUCCAGUCUCUGAUGGGACCGUACGGCCCUCUGAGUGUGUCUUACAAUGGGAAGACCUGUAUCCUCUUCAAGGCAAAGCGCCUGGCAAUCCGCUACAGAAACCAUACCUUCAUCGAUCUGACCGAGAGGGUCUUUAACACCAACGCACCGGUGGACACUAAAGGUUCCAUCUGCACCAAGGAGAAAGCCACGCUUUCAUUGAGGUUCGGUGACGUGGAGGAUUUACGAGGUCUAGUAAUCAGACUUCAGAUGUCCAACACGUUUUACGAGGCCGCCGGUCAAAACUGGUUCACACUGGACAGCGUUCACAUCCACUACAACUGGACCCAGGAGGCCACGUUCAACGCCAGCGAGGUCUACGCUCCGGCCACCUCCUCCUACCAUUGCCAGCACGUCAGCAGCCUGCACAAAUAUGACACCCUGCUAGUGCCCAGCUCCCACACUGACACAUCAGCAAACUGGCACAUCACUUUCACUGAUUUCCAGAUCCAGGCCUUCAAUGUGCUGUCGGACAAGUUUGCGUCGGCCAGCGACUGUGCCACUUUCCUGACGCCGGCCAUCCUGAUGGGCCUGGUGACGUCGUUGAUCCUGCUCCUGGUCCUAGCCUACGCCCUGCACAUGGUGGUACACCUCAAGCACAUCGACCGCUAUGAGGAACACAAAGCUACAGUCUACUUUCCCCGUAGUCCGGAGGCCGAGUUGCCAGACAAGAACAGCCUGUGA